UGUGUGUGUGUACAUAUGUUGGUAUAUACUGCAUGUAUAUACAUGUUGAGACUUUUUCAUUUGUUACAUAUCCCCCUCCCGCACCUUCCUCGUUCUCGUUGCGCCUUGAAAGUUAUAUCCAUAAGUCUCUGUAUUACCGACAUAACAGAUUUUCUAACCUCGCAUGUGUCACUUUUUAACUAUAUAUUUCUCGCAAACUAGAGCCGAGCGACCAUAUUUACUUGCAGAUUCGGCUUCUACACGUCAAGAUACACAAGAUAGGUGAGUUUGAGCGAAAUCCAAAGUGAGGCCCGUCUUCUAAAUAAUUACCCAUGUGAGUUUGCAACUUUCCACGGACGCAAGUUCCACCCAUCGAGGGGGGUGCGGGCCUUCGGCCCCCCGCACCCCCUCCGGUGUGUGUGUGUGUAUGGUGAUGCUCAUAUACUUCGUGCAGUUUGUUCGUUACAUUCAGUCCAUCUGACAGGAUUCAUAACCUAAACUGGUAUCUGCUUUAACGCUUAAUAUCUCGCUUCGGAAGGCAGAGCGACGAUUUUGCUAGAGGAAAAAGUUGCUUGUUUUGCAAAAACGCGUUGAAUGACCCUAGUUUCAUCAAAAUCGGUGAUAAUGUGGCUAAACUGAAUAAUUACCAUUAAUAAUUCUCACAAAUAACUGGUAAUAAAAAUAUUUUGUCAGAAUAGCGUCUGUUCCUUUCGUUUUCUGGCGGGUCCAAUGUUUGUAAAGGAAAAGUAAUUAAGGUUUUAACCAAAAGUUAGAAUAAACAAUUAGUUAUAUUUUACGCUUAUUGUACACUUCCGCACUUAUUAACUAAGGAACAUAAAACUAUAAACUAUUCGGUUCGACUUCGAUACGUGUUCGACAAUUUCUCGGCAGCGCAUAACGGCUUCUGCUACCGCUAUCCGAGCUUGAGUGCUGCGGCUAAAUUAUUCCGCCUGCUUUCUAUCUCUCUAUCUUAUUCUCGACUAUCUAUCUUACUUUCGACUAUCUAUUACCUCUUUCGCCUAAUGCACGGUGCGUAAAGCGUAGUGUUCGAUUCUUUUUGCUUCUCUCUUUUUGAUGCCUCGUCUACAAUGGGGUCGUAUGCUAUGUCUACAAUGGGGUCGUAAAGUCGUGAAGUCAAUUCAAUUCAAUAGAUGGCUCUGGGUGUGUAAGCCACUGCUCCGACGCCACUCUCCGGUCAAUGUCGAUACAUAAAGUGUUGAUAUUGAUUACAGCGUCUGUGUUAACCGCCCGAAGAAUAGCCACUGCCUCAACGCAAAAGAUACUGCCCGAAUCAAAGAUAUGGAUGGAUAUGCGGAACUCAGGAGACGGGAUGUAUACACCAAAUCCAGCACAUCUGUUCUCAAGGACAGAACCAUCCGUGUACACUUCUGCGGAUAGAUUCAGGUUCCUCGCACAUGGUGACAAUGCCAGAUCGAAAUCAUGGGAUUUCCGAAUUGGCAGAUCAACUGUGCAUAAAAUCAUUUAUGAGACUUGUGAUGCAAUCUGGCAAGCUCUUCAUGUUCAAUACCUACACGAGAGACAUGGGAAAAAGUAGUCAGUGGAUUUUGGAACAAGUGGAAUUUCCCAAAUUGUAUGGGGGCAUUGGACGGGAAACACAUUACUAUUCAAGCUCCACCAAACAGUAAUUAUUUGAAUCACAACUACAAGGGAUUUUUCAGUUUUAUAUUAAUGGCUAUUUGUGAUGCCAAUUAUAAAUUUAUCUGGAUUGAUGUCGGUGACUAUGGUUCUAAUAGUGAUGGUGGAGUGUGGGCGAACAGUAAUUUUGGUCAAAGUCUACAACAUGAUACAGCACAUAUUCCACUUCCAAAAGUAUUACCUGGUGCAACGAAUAUGCUACUUUGUGUUUUCGUAGGAGAUGAAGCGUUUCCUCUCAAACCAUAUCUCAUGAGACCAUAUCCAAGAAGAUUACUGACUAGUGAUUCACAGCGAAUUUUUAAUUAUCGCUUGUCCAAAGCAAGGCGAACAAUUGAAAAUGCCUUUGGGAUUCUUGUUUCUAGAUGGAGAAUUCUAAGAAGACCAAUUCAGUGCAAGGAAAAAACUGCUCAUAAGAUUGUGCUUGCUUGUUGUUUUACAUAACUUUAUCAUGUCUUCUAAUGGACGCAUGUAUUGUCCAACACAACUUGUGGAUCAAGAAAAUAAUGGCAUUGUUAUCCCAGGAGAAUGGCAUAAUGUAGAGUUAGGAUCCAUAUUGCACCUAUUGGUCGAGUUGGUUCAAACCGAACUACUUACGCCGCAAUUGUACAGCGAGAUAUAUUACGAAAAUAUUUCAUGACAGAUAGUGGUGCAGUUAAUUGGCAGUUUGAUUGGCAUUGAGAGGUUAUAAUAUUAACGUCCCUUUGUAAAACAUAUAUAAUAUACGAGGGCGGUCCGAUAAAUACUUAGCCUCACCGCCCGAUGACGC